GUUGCCCACAGAUGCCCCCUCCCCGUCCAAAGGAGCAGCACGCCCCCGCACGGAGCCCCGCGUGAGAUGGCGCUGAGCCCCGCGCCCGUGAGCGGUUUCCCCCAGCCGUCUGCUGCCCCCAACGCAUCCCUCAACCGCUCGUGGGCCAGCCCCACAGAGCCCAGCUCCCUGGAGGACCUGGUGGCCACGGGUGCCAUCGGGGCAGUGCUGUCGGCCAUGGGCGUGGUGGGCGUGGCCGGCAACGUGUACACGCUGGUGGUCAUGUGCCGCGUCCUGCACACCUCAGCCUCCAUGUCUGUGUAUGUCGUCAACCUGGCGCUGGCCGACCUCCUCUACCUGCUCAGCAUCCCCUUCAUCGUGGCCACCUACGUCACCAAGGAGUGGCACUUUGGCGACGUGGGCUGCCGAGUUCUCUUCAGCCUGGACUUCCUGACCAUGCACGCCAGCAUCUUCACCCUGACCGUCAUGAGCAGCGAGCGCUACGCCGCGGUGCUGAGGCCGCUGGACACGGUGCAGCGCUCCAAGGGUUACCGCAAGGUGCUCGCCCUGGGCACGUGGCUGCUGGCGCUGCUGCUGGCGCUGCCCAUGAUGCUGGCCAUCCGGCUGGUCCACAGGGGCCACAAGAGCCUCUGCCUCCCGGUGUGGGGCCCGCGUGCCCACCGCGCCUACCUGACCCUGCUCUUCGGCACGAGCAUCGUGGGGCCCGGCACGGUCAUCGGGCUGCUGUACGUGCGCCUGGCCCGGGCCUACUGGCUGUCCCAGCGGGCCUCCUUCACGCAGACGCGGCGGCUGCCCAACCCCAAGGUGCUCUACCUCAUCCUGGGCAUCGUGCUGCUCUUCUGGGCCUGCUUCCUGCCCUUCUGGCUGUGGCAGCUCCUCGCCCAGUACCGCGGGGCCCAGACGCUGACGCCGCGCACUGCGCGCAUCGUCAACUACCUGACCACCUGCCUCACCUAUGGCAACAGCUGCGUCAACCCCUUCCUCUACACGCUGCUCACCAAGAACUACCGCGAGUACCGCCGGCGCUCGCUCCGCGCCAGGAGUGGCCGCGGGCCCGCGGGCGCCGGCCACUCCCUGCCGUGCCGGGUCCGCUUCCAGCGCGGCUCCGGCCACUCGCUGUCCUCCAGCAGCCAGCAGGCCACCGAGACCAUCACCCUGUUUCCGGCGGCCUCUAGAGCGGUCUGCGCCUGA